CUCUUUUGGACUUUUGCUGUCUUUUUGGCAGAGAGAAGUUCUUUUCCGUUCUUUUUUGGACAAGUUCAUUCUAUCUUUUUAGUGGGCUGAUUAGCUUAGAUUUAAAUCAUUAAAUCAGUUUUAUUUUUUCACUAAUAAUUUGUAAUCAGUUAUCAUUUUAAUUGAGUAAAAACAAGCAGACUGAAACAAAGCCCUUUCUUCUGUUUUUCGACAUCCACCACCUGUGCAUCUGAGGUUUCUUCAUCUGGACUCUGCUCUCCACUGCUGGAAAAAUGAAAAACCUGACCUUGGUCUCUCUGAUCCUCCAGCUGGUGAUCACAAUAAAUGUGAUCAAUGCAAAGUACAAAUUUGGAGACAUGAUUGCGUUUCCAAGAGGUAGCAAACGAAACCCUUCAUACAAGCACUAUGCUGUCUUUGUGGGCCCGAAUACAGAGAUCGACAUCGGCCAAGGUGAUAAUGACAUAUAUCACCGCUCAGGUAGGCUGGGAAGAUCAAAGCCCUCUGACUGUCGUUUUGACAAACUUGAAAAGACAAGAGGAAAAUGGAAAAGAGAUUUCAAGGACAACUACUUGGACGGGAUCAGGGACUUCAAACCAGGGACCAAAGAAGACAUAAUGAAGCGCAUCAAUGAAACCGUUGGAAAAUGUGACAAAUAUCGACUCUUCACCAACAACUGCGAACACCUCGCCACCUACGUGCGAUAUGGGGUGAAGGUAGCAUGGCAGUAUGGUACACAUGCCUCAAUUUUUUUCCCAAAGAAUGUGAUGUACAGACGACGGCGAAGAAGAAGAAGCUUAUUGCGGAUGUGUCAGCACUGAGGGAUCUCGCCAGCCAGUCCUGUCAGCAUGCUACGCUCUGUCCUCUCCUCAUCAUAUGAUAUUUUGUUUGAAAUGAAAAUGAAUGAGCACAAACUGUUCGCAGUGAAAACUCUUACAAUGGUAGACUGAUGUCUGUAUGACUUUAUUUAGAGGCUCUUGUUUUACUAGUAGUAUAAAAGGAAAUAUACAAGACUGAGUGAAGAUAUUUAACCUGUUGCCACACAAUAAAAUAAAUUUAAACAGACCUGUGGAAAUAGAGAAAUAAUCUGAUUUCAAAUAGUUGUAAACUGUGUGUUAUAUUGACCUUUGGCUCAUCACAUUUUGGUUCAAACCAGUAUGCCGUGUUCACAUAUUUCAGACUCUUUAACAGGGGAUCAAAUUGGUUAUGGGCAGUCCAAGCCGUGCGAUCAUUCCAGAGUCCUCUUGUAUUUGUUCUGAUAAAUAUUCUGUUUUGUACUUAUUUUUCUUGCAUUAGUACAGCAAAAACUGUUAGACCAAGAUACCAUCAUCUACUGUUCAUCCCCUUCAGUAGUAAGAGCUCUGGAAUACCUGCAGUCUGCCUUUGAUGAUGUUCAGACCCUCUGAACUCAACUUAAGCUGGUGUUAAAUGCAGAAAAAUCCAAAACCAGUGCUAUUUUCAAAUGGCAAAGAGUUAACAUCUAAUCUUCCAAAGGUCUUAACUACUCAAGGGACUGAAAUUGAAAUGGUUACAACAUACAAGUAUGUAGGUAUCAUCAUCGAUCAGAACUUGUCUUUCAAAUCACAUAUCGAAAACUUGUAGUCAAUGUGAUGGUUCCUAAAUCAUUUUAGAAAUUGUGCUCACAUCAUAUUUGUUCUUGUACCGGACCUUGUAUUCCAUGUUAAUUGGAUACUGUGGUUUGCAUUGUUGUAACUUGUAUCAAUCUUUUAUGCUGCCCUUUGGGAUGCGCCACGCUUGUAAAAGAGAUUUUUAAUCUCAGUUAGGUUUUUACCUGGUUAAAUAAAGAUCGCCUCCAGCAUCCA